AUGCUACCAGUGCUAAUUCUAACAGCUGUACUGACCGCUGUCUCAAGCCAUACUUUGACCAGCAAACAACUGGCCUACGAAAGAUUGAGGUCAGAUCUGCUGAACAGGUCCGCCAUCUUAAAUCAAAUACCGUCCGGCCUGGACAGUGCAGCAGACGACCCCUACACCCUAGAGGUCAUGGUCCUGCUCCUGGACACGCCCUACAUUGACGACAUCAGGCAGAUGAUGACCGCAGCUUUCUUCAUCGAACUAUCCUGGAACGAACCCUCCCUGACCUGGUCACCUCCAGACUACGAAAAUCUUGACCAAGUCUACCUGGACACCGCCUCUGUCUGGCACCCCAACAUCUACACCGUGUUCGGCGACCCGGACAGUCUGAACCUUCAGCUGAAGGACAAGCUGGUCAUCCAUUCCACCGGCAAGGUCAAGGCCACACAUCAGCAGUACCUGACCUUCAGGUGCGCGAUCGAUUUCCUCAACUACCCCUUCGAUACUCAGACCUGUUCUCUAGCCUUCUACCCAGACUCGACUGAGCCGAAGCCUCGGUUUAAGAUCGUCGAGCUGGAUAAUAACUACAACUUAUUUAAAACAACAGGGGAGUGGUCGUUUGUGGACAGGUACAGCGCCGUAGAGAACAUCACCCACCCCACCCCGCUCAGCGAGUUCCCGCGGUACUACUUUAAGCUGAAGCGACGGUACUUCUACUACGUCAUGACCAUCAUCUUCCCCCUGGUACUGACCUCCCUCAUGAUACCCCUGGUCUUUCUCAUCCCGACCCAGACGAGGGAGAAAAUUUCAUACCUGGUGGCUAUUUUUACGUCGACGGCCAUAUUUCUCAACUUCAUCAGUAAUGUUAUGCCACGUGGUCUAACCAGCCAGCCCUACCUGGCAACUCUGUUGAUUGAGGUCAUAAUGGAGGGGUUUCUGGCCACAUUGGCUGCUCUGGGCGUAGUCAAGAUGUACGAAAAGGAGGAGCACACUUACAAAACUAUAAAGAUGAGGGCGUCCUCCCGAGUUGAAGCUGAGCACUCUAGUAAACAAGCUGAGGGUCAAGGUCAAGGCAAGCGUCACUGUCUGACCUCUCGUCUGCUGGACACGUGCUUCCUGUACGUGUUUUUUGUUCUGCAGGUCGGAUUUCUGGUCUGUCUGUUUUGUCUGACUGGGUGGGUUCGGCUUUAG